UAGAGUGUAGAGUGAAACAAUUCUUGCCUCCUUGGGAGCAUCGAGUCCCAAGAAUUUCUUUCUUGCUGUACGCUUUGGAGACUGCAGAGUCCCCACUCCCCACAGCUCUGUCACCACCGCUGCUGGAUAAAUCUGCCUACUCCAAUAAUUUAUCUUCGAGGGACCUUUGGAAACCAGACUUCCUCCACAGUCCAUCUCUCUCUCUCUCUCUCCAACAUGUUAGUUUAGUCUGUUCCCUCUCAAAUCUCACACGCAAAACCUCCAUUACAUCUCAUAUAUCUUCUCGUUUAUCUUAUUGGAGCAAUGGAUUUCUAAAUUGAAACAUUGGAUCAGUAACAAUAGAAAAAAAAAAAAUAUUGAAGGAAAUAUAUCCUUUUUUAAUGGAUCUUUACUCAAUUACUGUGCUCCACAUUCUGUGCUUAUAUUUAUUGCUUAACUAGUAUCAUCCGUCUUGGAAUGUCUUAGAGAUUGAAGAGGACCGGAGAACUGGAGAAGGGUAGGGGCCAGGGGGAAAAUUGAAAGCGCUGUGGUCUGUGGAGUGUGGAGGAGGAGGGGAAAAGGGUAAGUGUACUGUAUAGUUGUAGUCCCAUUUCUACAACUAAAACUGCCGUCUGUAAUGGAGAGACUCCAAGGACCCGUCAAUCCCUGUGUAUGUUUGAGCUCAACUUAAUUCCUCUUUUUAUUUCCACUCCUUUGAAUUCCCCAUUUGAGGAAUUCCUUACAAGUGCAUUUACUAGUUCCACCAACAAGCUCCACAUUUUGCAUUCAAUGCAAUUUCAUACUCCUAUUGUUCUGGAAAGACCAACCACUGCAGCUGUUCUUAACAUAAUAUUCUUUACUUUCUGGAACCAGCAGGAGGUGCGUUUGGCUUCACCCAUGACGCGUUUAUGAACCCAGAGGACAAGUUGAGAUUUGAGGAAGAAGGACAACCCUUCUCGACAUUAUCCCAAAACUACUUAGAGGAGAAAAUGUCGUUCCUUGAGACGCUACGAGCUGUAGAAUCUUCGUCUUCGUUUAUAGACCCUAACUUUGAGUUACUGUUAAGAAUGCAGCAGCAGCAGCAGCAGAAUCAGAAGAAACCAAAGAUGGAAUGGGGGAUUCAAGCACUGGAACUGGAGAGCUGCAUUACCAAUGACGCAGCAGAAGCGUAUUCGCCGAUUAAAUCCGAAGGCAAGGGCUCUCAUCACCCGCAAUCUUCGACUUGUCCGGAACUGGAAGUGGUGAGCUCCGCAUGCAAUGGAGAGGCAAAGUCGCCGGAAAAUCGCAGAGGAAGGAACCGUAGCAGCAGGGCGAAAGGCCAAUCACCGGAAUCGAAAAAAGCAGGCUCUGCAGGUAACAGCCGCGAAAGGAGAAACCGUAAGAGAGCGAGGCUAAGCAAGCACAAAGAGGAGGUGGAGUCCCGACGAAUGACCCACAUUGCCGUCGAACGCAACCGUAGACGGCAAAUGAACGAUCUUCUCAAUGCGCUCCGUUCCCUGAUCCCCACCUCUUUCGUUCGAAGGGGCGACCAAGCAUCGAUCAUAGGGGGUGCCGUUGAUUUCGUUAGAGAAUUGGAGCAGCUGCUGCAGUCACUCGAGGCUCAGAAGAGAAUGAGGAACUCGGGAGGCGACGGCCACCACUCAGAAGAGUCCGUUAUAGAACCAUCCAAUGGGUUCUUUGCGUCGAGCGGUGUUGUUGAGCACAAUGUGGACGUUGGUGCAAACCUGCAGGUUAACGAAUACAUGAAGGAGGAGGGAAAGAGAGGCGAUAAUAUCAAAGAAGAAGAAGAAGAAGAAAUGAAGGAUGAAAACAAGAAGGCGGCGACGGUGGAUAUCGAAGUGUUAGUAAUAGAGAAGAGGCAUGUGAAGCUCAAGAUUGUAUCACCAAGAAGGAGAGCAGGGGAGUUGGUCAGAGCCAUUGGUGCCUUGGAAGAUCUCAGGCUGACCAUCUUACACCUCGACAUUACAUCCUCUGAACUCUCCUCCGUUCUUUACUCCUUCAAUCUCAAAAUACAGAUGGAAGAUGACUGCAAACUGGGCUCAGCUGCCGAGAUUGCAACUACUGUGUAUCAAACUUUCAGCCUCAUCAACGGUUCAUGAAGGAAAUUUUUAUUGUUAUUUUUAUUAAAAAAUUUCGUUUUCUUCCAAAGGGAAAUGGGUAUCUGUGAUUGUUCCGGUUACCACCGCCGGGCCAGGAUGGGAGGAAUGUGGGUGUGGCCACUGGCUGGAGAGAAAGAUGGAAACCGUGGUGGGCAGAAGAAAAGGGUCAGGUACAAAGGAGACCACAACCAAGACGAUGAUCCAUGAAUCAUUUCAUUGUUCGUGGCCCCCACUUUGGCUCGCGCUGAUUAGCUUUCAAUUUCCACUGUGUACUGAUCAUGAUUGUCUGCAAUUUCGCAAAUGACGUGUUCCCAUUAGCUUUUUCUUGUUGACCUUUUUAAUGGUUUUGGGUUUGGGUCGUUGACUGGUUCUCGUCUUCUGUUUCUUUUGAUCUUUAAUCAAUCCCUCCUCCCCUCAAAUGGAUUGAAGACCACCACAGAAGAGCUUUGUACUUUGACUGCAGAAAACGCAAGAGAGAGAGAAUCGUUGACAAUAGAAAUGUAUUAAAGGCAUCGAUAUGGCUGUCAUCCAUCCAUUUCACAACAGAGUGACAGAGUGUAAUCGGAUCAAAAUCCUCUUAUUUUUUCCAUCAAUGUUUUUCUUUAUUUUGUUA